AUGGACAAGGAUUAGGAAACAAAAAAGUUACACCUUUAGAGUGAAUUAUAAAAUGUAUAAUGUAAUUCUUCGACUGAUGUAAAAUUGGAGGAGAUUGAUUCAUUUUGGAACUACAAUCUUAAGUAGAGUGGUUCCGUUAAUAUAGAGGAUUUAUUCCAAAUCUAAGCAGAGGACAAUAGUACUCAGGAAUAAAUAGCUUCAAAACUGAAAUAAUUCUUGAAACCUCAAAUUGAAAAUUUUUUGAAAGUCAAUCGUAGAAAUGUCAAACUAAUUAAAUAUCCAAAGGCUUAGUGGAACUCCAAUUUAAGUGUUUAGACCAAAGUGGGCAAAUCAUUAUAACUUUCAGAAUAAUAGGCCCCAUAUUCUACUCAUGAAAAUUAAGUUAUUGUUCACAAUAUUGCGCCAUAAUUAAUACAUCAAUAUACAAACUAUUUAAAAAUAGAUCAAAACAUAAAAAGACAAGAAACAUAAGAUCUAAAUUUUAAGUACAAUUUUACUUCAGAAUUGAGAGAAAAAUAUAAACAUGACGUUCUUAAAGUAAAUAAACAGUUUUGGAGAUCUCAAGAAGGAGUGAAAGAAAUGAUUACCCUUAAUAAAAAGUAUGCUCUCAAUCAAAUGGACUUUAUUUAAAUUUAUUCUUAAUAUUUAUAUUUAAUUGAAAAAUAAAAUAUUUCAAAAUUAUCUUUGGAAGAAAUAUAUGAAUACCUCUAAUAAUAAAUAAUUAAAAAGAAUGUAACCAUAGAAAUCAAUUUAAAUUCAUUAAUUUAGAUCUAUUUACAAUUAUAAAAUAAUUAGUUCUCUGAAAUAAAACAAACAAUAUUUUAGAAAAUAAAUCUAAUUCAAUAAUUUGAUUUGACUGCAAUAUAGAAUUUAUCUUUUAAAUCAUUUAGAACAAAUGAAUAUCUUUAAAAAGAUUUUGCAUUUAUUUGCAACUCCUGUUCAUUGUACAAAAAUAAAUGUAAAUGCAAAUUUAAUAACCAUUUGGCUCAAAUAAAAAAUUUCUUAGAAUUUUGCUGUAUCUUAAAUUAAAAACCGAACACAAAAAAACCUUAAUGGUGCUUAGAUGUGAUAAAAGCUAAUGCUCAAAACCAAUGUGGAGAGAGAUGUUACAAAAAUAAGAACAACUUUGAGUUGUUAAGAAAGAAAUCUAAUAACAAUGAAUUAAACGAAGAAUUUUAGCCUAUUACAAUAGAUAGAGAUCCAUGUUUAUUGGCUCAAAUCUAUGAGUAGGAUUGUAUGUCAAUUUUCACUUAAGCUAGAUAUAGAUAUAAGGAAAUUAAAGAAUAAUAUUUAUAAUCACUUAAAUAGAUUCAGGAAAAUCAAGACAAAGCAGCUCUUGUGAAUUAUCCAUUUAAUAAUGCAAAUUUAUAUAUUCCAUGUUGUCAUCAGUAAGAUUUCAAAUGUGAAAAUUGUAAUUGUGAUCAAUUUUGUUCAAAAUAUUGUGAUUGUCAGCAAGAUUGGUGUUCAAAAAAGCUAAAAGGAUGUGCUUGCAAAGAUAGAUGUUCAAUAGAUAGUAAAUGCUCUUGUAGAAGAGACAAUGUAGAAUGUGAUCCAUUAGUAUGUAAGUGCUGUACUCUCGACUCAAAUUUAGUUUGUUCAAACACAUAGAUUUUAAUCAACAAUGUCAAACCUACCUUAUUAGGAAGAUCAGGAGUAUGCAAUGGAAUUGGAGUAUUUGCAAGGAAUUACAUAAUGAAGGAUGAAUUAAUAAUUUUGUACAUAGGAGAAGUACUAAUUGAUGAUGAAGAUGAAAUUCGAGAUCAAUUUGAUGAUACAUUCACAUUUUAUAACUAUUCUUUAAAUGAUGACAAAUAUUCUUUGGAAAGUAGAUUCUGUGGAAAUGAAAGCAGAUUUAUUAAUCACAACAGCUCAAAUUUAAUGAAUUGCAAAACCAGGCAAAUAUUUUCAUCAGGAAAAUUUUAGUUAGCCAUAUAUGCUCUCAAAGAUAUCUACCCAGAAUAAGAGAUACUUUUGAAUUAUAAUGAAGGCGAUCAAAUUAAUAGAGACCUGAAUAAUUGGGUUGAUAUCAACACUCAGUACUGGAAUUAUAGGUAAACUACCCUAAUUGGAAAAAAAUGA